UGCGGGGUCACAUGUCCUUAUGUUUCACGUGGGAUGUGAACACUUGGACUGCUAAAUUCUCAUCACCUCGUUUCCAACGUUGUCGGACAUUAUCAAAUAUGGAGGAUAACUGUUGCUGUGGCCGGUCGAAUGCCAUCGCUCCUGAUUCACUGGAAGCCAAGGAUGUUCGGAAGAAGGCGGCUCGGUUCCUGCUGCGUCUGUCCUGGGUUCAGAUCGUCGCCAGUGUACUUUCAAUAAUUACCGGCCUAGUUUCCAUUGGCGUGGCUGUCACCAACCCGACGUACCCUAAGAUAAACGGACAUGCGGUCGUCAAUGGCAUUCUGGUUUUGAUCGCCGGCGUGUACGGAAGGAGAGCAACGGAGAAGGAUGUUGUUGAGGAAGUAGGCGUGAAAGUCCGGGCUUAUAUCACCAUUCACUUCACUCUCUGCAUUACAUGCAUCUCAUUGUCCGUGCUACAAAUCAUCUUUAAUGGUUUGGCCGUGAGUGAAUGCUUCUCCGCCAAUCAGGACACAGCUUACAAAUGCCAACCAUACGAAACGGCCAAUGCCUGCCUUGGUUUGGUUGCGAUCUUCCUCGGUCUGGUUCUGUUCAUCACAAGUGCCGUUGGCUCAACGUUCCUGUGUUCUUACAAGAGAGUGUUUGCAUUCAUGGAUCCCCAGGAUCGCAUUCAAAAAGAAAUAGCAAUGCUAAACGACACCAAGACCCAGCAAGAGGCAACUUUUAAAACACGCUUUUGAUCUAUAAAAACGUUCCUUGAACUUUAACAACCCAACAAGAAACUUGAGUUUCUGCAGUAUCUAAACAUUGUCAUUUCACACUGGCCGUUCUUCCUCAACCAAAUUGUAAAUAGGAGAAUACUUUAUCCCUGUGCAGAUGUCAAACUGUGGAGCACUGGGCUGGAUAUCUAAGAUGUCCUGCCUAUGUUCCCCAAUGUUGAAACUGCCUGCAUUUGUCAAAUACUCAUAACAUUUAGACGUUACUUUGUUGAAAUUGUACAUUGUCCUUCAUUUGCAAACCCAUUACAUUGUGUAAACCUUGCAUCGAAAACCUUUUUUUAAAAUUCGGAAUGGAUGGCUUUAAUAUCGGUGUUUGGGGUUCGAAUCCAAUAUUUUCCCGAUUCUGAUCCCUGGUUUGACGAUGUACCGGUGGAUUUUACUUGGAUCUGUUGUUUGUGGGUUCGAAACCUGGACUUACUCCGCCGAUUAUUCUUCUAACAUUUGUCACAAAGGCAGUGAUGUAAUAAAACACAUUUCAUAUUCA